AUUAAAGUGAUCGAAUACCAAGCCAUUCCUAGGUAUGGACCUGCAAGCCCAUUCAAGGGACAUUUAAGUACUAAAAGUAAUGCUUUCUGCAUUGACUCCUCCUCCCGCAGACUAAGUAACCAGUACCUGAUCAGGGAUCAUAUGGCUGUUCACUACAAUAAAAUCCUUUCAGCCAAAGCUGCUGUAGACUGUUCAGCACCAAAAAGCAGGCUAAACAGCAUAAAACUGUCAGAUCAGCAAAGAAGAGAGAAGCUCAAGAAGGAAAUAGAAAAGUGCGAGAAGGAAAUGAGCACAUCCAAAAAUGCGUCCCGAUCCAGUUCUAGGGAGAGUAGACGACCACUGUCAGCCACGUACAGAAAGAACCAGGAAUCAUUGGAAGCAGAAAGCAACACGGAGCUCCCCUGUGCACCAAACAAACAGAAGUAUGUGUCCGGUUCCUUGGCUCCAGAGAGGCACAUCACAGACUUCCCUGAUACUGAAAAAUAUGCCAGAAAAACUACUCCAAAAGAUUCCAAUAUCUCAGUCUCGCGCUCAAGUAUAAGUACAACAAGUCUGCAAAGAUUGCACUCCAGAGUCUCCUGCUGUUCUUCCUCUGACAGCAUCGUGAACUGUUAUCCUCGUAAGGCCCCAAAGGCUGAAUCCAAAGUACAGAGCGGGGAUCUCCUUGACAGACACUCAGAACGUUUUACCAAGAGCCAGCAGCCGUUCACACCACGCACUUUAAAAUCAGACACCAAAUCCUUCCUGUCACAGUACAGAUAUUAUACUCCAGCCAAACGGAAAAGCAAAGACACUCCAGUACAGCAUGUGGAAGUGGAAACGCAGACUGACAUAAGCAGUUUUCAACUUCAAUCUGAAGAAUUCGUAAAACGAGAUGUGGCUGACUUUCAGAAGGUGAUAAAGGAGGUAGAAGACUCAGUAUCUGCCAUGACAGAUAAGCGUGAUGAAAUGAAGGCAUUUUCUCAGUUCUCCUCACCAAGGGUGACUUCUCCAUGUUCUGGGCAGUCCCCAAUGAUGAGAAGAAUUCAGGCUGAAGAAGAAGAACUUCUGUAUUUAAGUUUCAUCCAGGACAUCACAGAUGAGAUCCUGAAACUUGGAUUGUUUUCCAACAGGGCUUUGGAACGGUUGUUUGAGCGUCACAUCGAACAAAAUAAAAAUCAUCUCAAUGAGACCAAAAUGCGCCAUCUGUUGGAGAUCCUGAAGGAGGACCUGGGCUGCAACCAAGAGAAAAAGGAAGGGUUUGACUCCUUGGGUCUAGUUCGGAAGGAGCCAGCAGAGCAUCUCCAGCUCCCCCACAAACCUCAUAGGCAAAAAAGCGAGGAGUUUUUAAAGGCAAUGGAUUUAUUAGCAAGCGAGGCAGCUCCAUCGAGACCCCCCGCAUGCAGCGAUGCAUUCGAGAGGGUGGAGGGCAAAGAUGAAUUUUCCAAAGGUCUAAACGGCUCCUUGAAUGCAGGGCUGGACCUGCCCUCUUGCCCGGCGCAUGACGAAAGCCCGGCCACCUCGUGCACCUUGCCGCCCACACUCAAUUCAACUGCCUGCGACGCUGACUUCGAAACCAGUGAGUCUUUGCAGGACCUCAGUGAGCUCCAAGAAAGCAUGGUGGAAUCCCUUCGCGUCACCGCCAACAACGCAGAAUGA